AUGGAGAAAGAUAUAGAUGAUUUGCUGGACGAAGUGGAGACUAAGUUUGUCCACAACUACUACAACCCCAAAAAGUCCCCAGCCAGUGCCACAUUGAGCCGGGACUCACAGACCAGCACGACGCCUGGGCCCGAGCCUAAGACAGCAGUCAAACAAACACAUGCACUUGACGAUGUUAUUGAUGACAUCCUUGACAUUGAUGUCAAUGAAAAGAAACAUAGCUUUGGUGAAGAACACCAGCAGAGAUUAUUGGCUCCUGAUGACGCGUGUAAAUCUGACCAGAUGAAAAGGUGUUUUCCAGUGUUUCUCGGUGGCAGUGCAGACAAUAUGGGUAGAGGUUCAGCUACAAACAGAAGAGCUUGUGACCAGCUGCGGUGCACCUCCUGUGACUUUAGAGUGUCCUGCUUCGACAACUUGUCUUGGAACCAGGACACUGAUUACCUGUUCCUCCGCAAUAACGUGCCCAGUGUCCACAAACUACAGGCAAAGUUGCACAGAAGAAAAGGAUGCCGCGCUUACUGCUGCCAGUGUAGCUGGAAGAAUGUUCAAGAUCUGUGCCAACUCGACGAUCCAGGUCUCAAGUGGGUUUGUGGAAAACACUCAUCAUGA